UUUCAUCUUGAUCUUCUUCAGCUUUUUAUUAGGUUUCUUAUCAGCAAUCUCUUGAAAAAGAAUGAAUCUGGUGAAAGGGUUCAGAUUUCACCCAACUGACGAAGAACUCAUCGAGUAUCUUCAUAUCAAAACCUUCGACCAUGAUUCUCUUUUCGAAGUUAUUGCUGAAAUACAAGACAUCUGCGAGUUGGAGCCUUGGGAAUUACCUGGGUGCUCAAACUUGCAGACAGGAGAUCGAUCAUGGUACUUCAUGUACCCACCUAAAUACAAGUACCGCAACAGUAAACUGAUUAGCAGGACCACCCUGGAGGGGUACUGGAAGCCUACAGGCAAUGCUCGUAAGAUAAUUAAUUCCGAAAGCGGAUCAGAGAUAGGCAGCAAGAAGACUUUGGUUUUCUAUAGAGGCCAAUGUAACAAUAAGAACAAAAACAAGACUUCUUGGGUUAUGCAUGAGUAUGAACUCAAGGCUACAACUGACUCCGAUCAAAAGCCUUUCAAACUUUGUAAACUGAAGAAAAAAGUCGAUAUAUCCAGUAGUGAAGUCGGUCAAUUAAAUCAGGAUUCUCUUUCUAAUUUAGAAAAUCAUGUAGCAAACAAAGCAAUGUCAGAGGACAUUCUAGACCCUAACAGGUCGGAAACAUCUAAAGACCAUGACGGUGCUCAUAACCCUUGCAGCGCUGUUGAGAUAUAUGGUGGAGGAAGAAGAAGCAAUCAACAUAACAUGGUUAAUGAAGAUGAAGACUCUAAUAUUUCAUCUAAUUUCAUAAAUCAUGUUGCAGAGUAUACAAUUAUGAAAGUACCUUUACACCUUAAAGAGUUGUCAACGGAUCAAAAUGAACCCAAGGACGAUAAUAGGGUUCGAGAUCCAUAUAACACCAUUGAACAAGAUGAUGAGUCUUGCAAUUCAAUUCUCACCAACUAUGAAGAAACAAUCACCAAAGAAAGAAGCAAUCAACAUAAUAUAGUUAUUGCAGCCGAGGGCUAUGAAAGGCCUUCUAGCGAAAUCAGCAAUCAACAUAAUAUAGUUAUUGCAGCCGAAGGCUUCGAAAGGCCUUCUAGCAAAAUCAGCAAUCAACAUAAUAUAGUUAUUGCAGCCGAGGGCAUCGAAAGGCCUUUUAAUGAAAGCAGCAAUCAACAUAAUAUAGUUAUUGCACCCGAGGACUUCGAAAUGCCUUCUAACGAAAGCAGCAAUCAACAUAAUAUAGUUAUUGCAGUCGAGGGCUUCGAAAUGCCGUCUAAUGAAAGCAGCAAUCAACAUAAUAUAGUUAUUGCAGCCGAGGGCUUUGAAUGGCCUUCUUACUUAGAGUAUCUUGCCGAAGAGGACAUUUUUCCAACUGAACCGUUAUAUAAUGAUGGAUUAUAUAACAUAUUAUCAUCACUUUAUGUGUUAUUAGAAGCGCCAGGACCAACUAAUAACUCGAAUUGGAUUCAAGAUCAAUAUAUCAUCAACAAAGAACAUGAUCAGUUCUUGAAUUCAACUUUUGCUGAUACAAAUCAAGCUUACCUUCAAGAAGGAAACAUGCAACAAUGCUUGGCAGCUGACAAUGAAGGUUUCGGCUUGCCCUGCAUAAGGUUGAUGCUGGAAUCAUCAAAUUGGAUGGAGAAAUCUAGGAAAAGAAAAGAGCAUGUCGAAUAUAAUGAGCCAUCUAUAGAAACUGAGGCUCAACAUCUGCCUUCAAAUGAAAGUAGCAAUGAACAUAAUAUAGUUAUUGCAGCCAAGGGCUUUGAAGGGCCUUCUUACUUAGAGUAUCAUGUCGAAGAGGACAUUAUUCCAGCAGAACUGUUAUAUAAUGAUGGAUUAUCUAACAAAUUAUCACCACUUGAUGGGUUAUUAGAAGCGCCAGGAGCAACUAAUAACUCGAAUUGGAUUCAAGAUCAAUAUAUCACCAACAAAGAACAUGGUGAGCUCUUGAAUUCAACUUUUGCUGAUAAAAAUGAAGCUUACCUUCAAGAAGGAAACAUGCAACAAUGCUUGGCAGCUGAAAAUGAAGGUUUCCGCUUGCCCUGCAUAAGCUCGAUGCCGGAAUCAUCAAAUUGGAUGGAGAAAUCUAGGAAAAGAAAAGAGCGAUUCGAAUAUGAUGAGUCGUUUAUAGAAACUGUUGAGGCUCAACAUCGGGGGAGAAUAGUAAUAAGAAAGACCUAGAGAUUCUAAGAGUCAAGAGAAGUGUUACAAUUUUUAAGAUAUCUCAAGUAUUGUAGAAGUGAAUAACUUUUUCUUUUACAAUUAUCUACGGAUGCUUAAUGUCAGAAAAUAGAUUCCUAAAUUAGAAAGAUUAUGUAUA